UUCCCCGACCUCCUUAGCCGCCAAAAGCGCAUAGAUCAUGCUCACCCUACAACUGGUGACUGGCUGUUCGAUACCGAGAAGUUCACACGGUGGCAAGGUGAUCAGGGUCUUCAGGAAUCCAACGGUGUCUUUUGGAUCAAAGGGAAACCAGGUGCCGGCAAGUCAACACUGAUGAAGCAUAUGCUUCUUCACCUUGAGAAAAGCGGGAAAUACCUGAUAGCUGCGCAUUUCUUCAACGCUCGCGGGGGCGCACUUGAGAAAUCACCUCUGGGCAUGCUUCGAUCACUGGUUUAUCAGUUGCUCCAGUUGGACGGCAGCGAGAUACUCUGGCGGCCCUUUUGUGGCAUCUACCAAGAGAAACUCAGAUUGAAUGGGAGUUUCGAAUGGACGGAAUAUGAUCUCAAAGACUUCUUACUCCGGCAUCUCCCCUCCUGCGAGCUUUCGAAGCCACUGUUGAUCCUUGUCGACGCUCUCGACGAGUGCAACAAAGAAGAAGUCCGAGGCAUGGUCAAAUUCCUGGAAGAUCUUAGCCGUGUUGCUCGACAUGGAAGCGCGUCGCUGAAGCUCAGGCUUAGGAUUGGUCUCUCCAGUCGUCAUUACCCGGAGAUCAGCAUGCACGUCCAAAUAGAGUUAGACCUCGACGACUGCGACGACCACGAUGACGAUAUUGAUAGAUAUGUCCGGGACAACCUGAAGACACAUGACAAUGACAUCAGAUCCGAUGUCGUGGAACGGUCGUCGAGUAUCUUCAUGUGGGUCGUGCUUGUGGUCGAAUUGUUGAACGAGGCAUGUGGCUGCGGCCAAGUUCAGCUAAUGCGAAGAAUACUCGACGAUAUUCCGACAGGCCUCGAGGAGCUCUUCGAGCGGAUUCUCAUGAAAAGACAACCAAACUAUCGACGCGACGGUACUCAUUUGCAGUGGGUACUCUUCUGUAAUUACGAUUAUUACGGCCUGCUACGAGCUCGUGAGCUGUAUUUUGCCGUCAUGUCCGGAGUGGAACCUGGCUCAUUGGGCAACUUGCUUCGAUCCGGGAUCAGCGACGAACACAUCCAUAAGAGCAUCAAGUACUGG